CAGCGAUCCUCGCCCUUCCUCAUCUCGGUGCCUACCAGCAUCGCCAAGUCAUGUCCUCAUCCAUCGACGAUCCUCUCUUCCUCGGGCUCGAUCUCUCUACCCAGGGCCUCAAGGCAGUCCUUAUCGACUCGGAGGGCACCCUCAUUCACGAAUCCUCCGUGAACUUCGACCGCGACCUCCCCUCCUAUCGCACGACCAACGGCGCCAUCCGCGGCCCCGACCCCGGCGAGGUCACCUCCCCCGUCCGGAUGUGGCUCGACGCGUACGACCUCAUCAUGGAGCGCAUGCGCGCCGCUGGCGUCGACUUCUCUCGCAUCCUCGGAAUCUCAGGCGACGGCCAGCAACACGGGUCUGUCUACUGGUCAAAAGACGCAGAACGCCUGCUCGCCUCGCUCGACGCUUCGCGCCCGCUUGCAGAGCAGCUUGAGCCUGACGCCUUCUCGCUGCCCCGCGCUCCCAUUUGGCAGGACUCGUCUACGACACGCGAAUGCCGCGAGCUCGAGGAGGCGAUCGGCGGCGCGCAGGCCCUCGCAGAUCUUACGGGCAGCAGGGCGUAUGAGCGAUUUACCGGAAAUCAAAUCUCCAGGAUCCGCCGCGUAAACCCGGACGCAUACAAUGCUACGGCCCGCAUCUCCCUUGUAUCUUCCUUCAUGCCCUCGCUGUUCCUCGGUUCCAUCGCGCCGAUCGAAGUCUCGGAUGCGAGCGGGAUGAACCUGAUGAACGUCCUGACGUGCAAGUGGGACGACCGGCUGCUCGAGGCGUGCGGCGGACCGGAGCUGCGCGCAAAGAUUGGGCCAGAGCCCGCGCCCGGCGGCGAGUUCCUCGGAGCCAUCAGCCCGUACUGGGUCCGACGCUGGGGCUUCAACCCAGAAUGCCAGAUCGCACCGUUCACCGGGGACAACCCCGCGACGGUCGUUGCGCUCUCUACUCCUGGCGACGCCAUCCUCUCCCUCGGCACGUCCACGACGCUCCUCCUCUCGAUACCCCCCGCCGAGACCGCCCCGGCGCGCUUCACGACCUCGCACCUCCUGUCGCACCCGACCACCCCUGAUGCGCACAUCGCGAUGCUUUGCUACAAGAACGGCGCGCUCGCGCGCGAGCAGGUCCGCGACCGCUACGCCGACGGCGACUGGACGCGCUUCAACGCGCUCGUAGAGGCGCGCCCCGCGGGCAACGCCGGCGUCAUGGGCCUUUACUUCCCCCUCCCCGAGAUCAUCCCCCCGAACGUCCAGGGCAGCUUCUUCUUCUCCUACCCCACCGCGCCCGCCGACGACGCGCAACCGGAACCGGAGCCGAUUGCGGAAGAGGAGAUGCCCGCGUCCGCGCACCCGCGGGCGAUCCUCGAAUCGCAGCUGCUCUCGAUCCGCGCGCGCAUCGCCGCGAUCCUCCCUCCGGACGCGCCCCCGCUGCAGCGGCUCGUGCUCUCGGGCGGGUCGUCCGCGAACGCGGUGAUCCGGCAGGCGGCGGCGGACGUGUUCGGGAUGCGCGUGUUCGUCGCGGGACAGGAGGGCGCGGCGGAGGGCGGCGCACAGCUCGCGCGGUACGCGUGGUGGCGGCGCGAGAACGGGGGCGCGGGGAGCUUCGAGGAGAUGCGCGCGAUGGACGGGGAGGGCGCGCGGAGGAAGUGCGUCGCGGAGCCGGACUGGGGGCGGGAACGGGUGUACGCGGGCUUGGUGGGCGUGUAUCGGGCGGCUGAGGACGCGGUGGUGCGGAUAUGUGCUGAGCGUGGCCAGGCGAUCAUUCAUGCCGGUCACACGAUACGGGCCAAAACUGAACUGCCUCCUCUUCCUCCUUUCAAUAACCCAGCCACAGACAUCAUCCUCAGAAGUAGCGAUGGCAUGGACCUCCAUGUACACAGCAUCAUACUCGUGGAGGCAUCUCCCAUAUUCGCCGACAUGCUCUCCAUCCGCCGACUGGUCAGAAACGCGUCCCAGGGGAGCAGCGGGCAAUCUUCCGGAGGCAAGGCUGUCGUGGAACUCGCGGAAACAAGCGAACCCCUAGACCAUCUUCUCCGCCUGUGUUACCCCGUGCGCGAUCCCGCACUGCACACACUCCUGAGGACAUACAACCCGUCCUCCGCGCAGCGUUGA